CCAUCUCCUUCGACCUCCAUGUGUAACUCCAACAAUACAUGAUAUGGAGCUCUCUAUGUAUACCAAGGCAGCGCAGAGAGCCUCAAGGCAUCAACGAUGGAGUCCCGUCAAGCGGCGUUCGCUCUCCUGCUCCUGCUUCUGGUGGCCAGCGCGAGCGGCCGGAAGGUGAAGGUAACUUCGGGGGGCGUCUGCAACGUGUCGCCCGGAGGCCUGUCAGCGUGCAGGUCGGCCGUCAGCAAGUGGUUCCCGGACAAGACUCCAUCGCCGGAGUGCUGCGCCGCCGUCGCCGCCGCCGACUUCGGCUGCUUCUGCUCCUACAUCAAGUCGCCCCCCCUCUGGCUCUUUUGGGUCAACUCCGACCGGGUCAAGCAGCUCCCCGCCAAGUGCCACGUCGACCGACCUCUGCCCGACUGCGUAUCCGCAUAGACACUGGUACGUAUAGAUGUCCGGGUGAGUAUAACUGUACGUGGGCAGGUACUCGUGUGUAUC